AUAUUGAGUAAGCAUUGCUCUUGAAUUACUGUACAAAAUUCAAAAAAAAUAGAAUCACAAAACUUUGAGCUAUACACAAAAUUCUUACAAGUCACUCACAUCUUAACUGUUUUAGCCUUCCGCUAAGAUGCGGGGCACUGCCAAUUGGAUAAUAUGCUUGGGAUUGACCAUAGUUGUAUGGCUGGUCUUUCAUUAUUAUCAUUUCAUUGGGGCACAAAAUGAACCCAAAUCUGACAACGAACUUCAGGAAACGCUUUCGGAGAGUUGCAAAACAAGUUCAAUUGAUGUUUAUUUGCACUUCUUCUGGAUCUUUGCAUGCAUCUAUGCAUUAUCGAAGUUUACUGAAUUAUCUGAACGUUAUCUGAGCGCCAAAAUCGCAUUCAAGGAGCGCAACUCAGAUAUUCGAGUGCUCAACGAAGAGUGGGAGAAGACUCUUAAGCUCUACGAACAGGACAAAAUGCAAUUAGAUUCUCAGCUAAAAGCAUUGCGCGAAAAGAACUGCGGAUUGGAGCAAUCGAUGCAGGAUUUGCGGGAUUGUAAUCUGCAUUUGAUCAGUGAGAAUUUUAUGCGCACUGUGCUUCAGGAUCAACAGAUUCAGGGACUGGCACAACGUGUCCAGGAUCAGCAGCCAUCGAACAUAUACAUCACCAAUCGUCACAUCCACCUGACACGUCAGGUAUUUGUCAACGAGGGAGAUCUUGAUAUCGAUAUCGGUUCACGAACAGCCGGAGGACAGGAUUUUGAAACGUCAGAUAAAUCCUUGAACGUAUGGGUUCAAUAUCUCAAGAUGCGCAAGUGUUAUAUGGGACCUAUAGCUGAUCCAAAAUUGGUCUUUAAUGGCGAUUCGGACCGAUUUCCUCCGAUUGUGAUGACUACAGAGCAAUUGGCCAAAUUACAGGGCAUGAUCUAACUUCCCAAGACAAUAUUGCUGGGAAUUUUCUCGUCUUAAAUAUGUCCCAAAAAGUUGCUUCUUGAAGAUUCCAUAAAAAUUACAGCACAAAAGGGAUUUUAUUUGAAUUACUAAAAAUAAAUGGACUGUACAGCGUAAA